AUGCUUAUUGAUGGCGAGAAGUGGGCUUGUGAAGCUUGCGUCCGGGGUCACCGUGUCAGCAGCUGUCACCACAGUGACCGCCCCCUGACCCAUAUCAACAAAAAAGGCCGUCCAGUCUCUCAGUGCCCUCACUGCCGCGGCCUACGCAAGUCACGGACAACCCACACAAAGUGCGAGUGUGGUGACAAGAAGAAGAACAGCCACAAAAAUGAUCUAGAUCCUCAUUCUACAGAGAAGCGGGAUCUGAAGCACGGUCCCAAAUGUGGCUGCACUCAUGGACAGCGCUGUACCUGUGCGCUGAAGAAGGAACACCAUCUAGAUACCGUCCCGGAAACUAGCGUCGCGCCGCCACCAGCUGCACCUCCGUCGGAGCCGCCUAGAAAACCCCAAUUGACGUCGACCAAGUCAGAGAGCACUCUUACCAUAUUUCGCGACGGCCACCAUAAGCCUGCCCACAAGCAUAAUGACAUGGCUCACAAAUGCGGCCUGCCUUACACGAUCCCUCGUUCUCACACUAUUCAUGCCUCCUCUGAUGCCGCUCGUCGAUCGAUGGAUCAUUUACCCCUGACACAAACCUCGUUUAUGGGCGAACAAAUUGGCAACCAACCAUUACAAGAACAGCCGCGCGGUAUCUACGGGCUUCAUCGUCGUGUCAAAUCCGAACAUGGGUCUCCAGAAAACGCUCCCAUUGCUCCCUCAGGAGAUGUUCCGGCAUCUGUCCCUCCACUCGACCUCUCGUCGCUUUUCCCCAACUCGCAGCCGCUGGAAGAUCCCAUUGAUAGCGGUGUUCCGCCCUCAAUUCCCAUGUCCAUGCCGAAGACCUCUCUAGAUCCAAUCGCGACUUCUUCUGGGCUUCCUUUUGGUCUACCGACAUAUUCUACCUUCCCGAACACAAACACCUCGCCUGUAAACGGCCUGCAAUAUCAAGAUCCGUUCAAGGAACCAUUCUUCACGUCUCCCGACACUGACUUGUCCUUUUGUUCCGCCGGGUUCAAUGCUACCGCCGUCGACUGGUCGGGAAUUCCGCUUUCAUCGGCGAUGCCGACUACCAACACGCAGCCCCCAUCUUAUGCAAGCUUCGACUAUAAUUCCAUGGGUCCCGGGAUUCCUGCGCCGUCUUCUUCUGGGGAUAUUUCAGAACUGGAUGAAUUCGCACCGCUUCCACAUUUAGGGGGCGCAGGCAACGACUUGCAUGACCUCAACAGUGUGAGCGAAGGCUCGGAUAUUGACCAUUUCCGUGUUAGCUCUGCGUCUUCGUUUAUUGGUCUUCCGCAAGCGCAGUUACUUUCGUCCAACAACCUAGAUUCAAUCUCCGUUGAUGAGUUCCUCAAGUCCGCGAAUGAAUCAACCGCCAUCCUAGAGCAACAGUUGCAGGCCAGUAUUGGCAUGGAACAAAAACUUCUUGCGUCCCAGGAUAUAUAUGCCAUGCCAGAUGGCCAAGUCUUUGAGAAAGCAAUGGUCAAUCCAGGAGUUAAUUUGCCGAUGACAACAGCGGCGGCAGAGUCUCUUUGGCCUACCACGCUUUUUGAUCCGAAUUCUGCGCCUUUGGAUGAGAACAACUUCUUUCCCUCUCCGUGGGUACAAUAG